AAAUUUUUUCCUUUGGAUUGUACUAUAAAGGAUUUGAUAUCCCAGUUAUCAUUCGAUCUUUCUGUGUAAAACAUGAGAAAAUAAGGUUAAGGAUGGUAUCUUUCCGUCCAAGUAUUGGUUUCCUUCCUGUCGUACUUAUUUGAUCGGCUAUACAAAAGGGAUGGCUUCGUUCUCUCCAUGACAGGACCAGCAUGGACAACAACAACAGUAUUCCUUACGGAUCGAUAUCUUGGGACAAUGAAGAUUCGUUUCCUCCAACGAAUCAGCCAAGGGAACCACGUGGAAUUCCUCCACUAAGACCUUCCACUUUACCCAGCAGUAAUGGUCUAAGAUACUCUCUACGAGGUCCACAUUUUCCGCCACCGCAACAAAGAAUCCAGGGUGUUGGAAUUUCCAGAAAUGUAGAGUUAGCAAACCGUCUCCAACAGGGAGACACGCCACAGACCAGCUUUCAACAGCCCAGUAGUUCUAGUGCAAGUUCUGCUCCAUACGAAAGAUACUUUACAUUGCAACCUUCGCGAAGCACUUCGCAUGUGCAAAUGCAUUCUAUGGAACCACAAUCCUCAAACUGUGUGAAUUCAACUACUGAAGGUCAAACGUAUGCCACAUUAUACGCGAAUCCUGCACCAGGGUCCAGUUCUGGUAACCCUGCAUUGACUUCAGUCUCAGAAGAUCCCAAUUUUUCAGCCCCUAGUGUUUAUAAUGAAAAUGCUUGCAAUAAUAAUAUAGAGAUGUCUCAAGGCCUUUCAAGAGGAGGGAGCUAUGAAAGGUUUCAUGCAAGCAGAGCAAAGAGAAAAAGUAGUUUAUCAAGUGAUGAAGGACAAGAUGGUCCUUCGACCAAGCAAUUUCUGUCAGAGGAAAGAAUGGCGGCAAGGAUGCACAAUUUGCGAAUAAGCAGUGACCACAAUUACCCAGUAAAUAUCAUACAACGCUUUAUGGACAGCUUUAAUCAGGAAUCUAAGAGUUCUCAAAGCCAAAUUAAUGAUGAUGAUGAUGAUGAACUUGAAAAUGCAGAUGAGAUGCAAAGAAGGUGAGCAGAAGGAAUAAUUAUUGUUCAUGUUAUAUCCUGGCAAGAGGACGGAAAUCACAUGCUCGCUUUAGAAAAGUGUCUCAGUCCCUGAAUAAGAGUUCAGUUACAGAGGCACAAGUGAAAUUCAGCCGGGACCAGCCAGCCAACUAUUAUCUAUCUAAGAGAUGUGUCCCCCAAAUAGUGGUAUCUCAAUGAUGGAGUUGACUUUACUUGCAUUUUGUCAGAGCAGCCGGACAAAAAACUGGGGGGACCUUCCAUGGUUGAAC